AAAGAGAGGAGCCUGUUCCUGACAAAUUUAUGGCUUAGUGACCCAAUUUAGCGUUCGCUUCCCUUUGAAGCAUCCCCUGUUUUCAGUCCCCUGAAAGUUGGGGGAAGUGAGUCCGUUCUGGUAGCAUGCGUGCAUCCUAGUUAUUUCAAGGUUGGUUUUUUUUCCUUGCAUCUUUUUCCAAGAAGCUCGGGACAGGAAGGGCUCAAAGAGAGUUAAAAUGACUCUCACAGAAAUGUGGUUUAUACAUUGAUGUUAAUCUUCCUGGGUUAUCUCCUGUGUUUUUUGUCUUUGUGUUCCUUACGGUAAAUAUCAAGUGUUCUCCCUCUUACUGCUGAUUACUGCGUAAAAGGCAAAUAUGUACGGGAGUCAUUUUCAUUUAUGAGCUUGUCAGCUCUUUCGCGCUGCCGUGAUGCUAGUGAGCCUGUCAUCUUCUGUGUUCUUUGUCUGGAGGAAGAAAUCUCAGAUCAAAAGAUGUACUUAGCUGCUUCAAAGUGUGCUGAUACAAGUUCAGUCAAGCAUCAAAACUGAGGGAAUUACGUGGGACUGAACAUCUGACUAAACAAAAUCGAUCUUCUCACUGAUGAGUAUUCACAAAAGCUGUUCUGCCCCGGUGUUCAUAUGCCAGAAUUUCAAAAAGGGAAGUGAUUGUGUGCCGGAAAUAUGGCUACGGACUGGCUCGGGAGUAUUGUGUCAAUUAAUUGCGGAGAAAGCUUGGGAGUCUACCAAGGACGAGUGUCUGCUGUGGAUCAGGUCAGCCAGACCAUUUCCCUGACACGGCCCUUCCAUAAUGGGGUCAAGUGCCUCGUGCCAGAAGUCACCUUCAGGGCAGGUGACAUUACUGAGCUGAAAAUUCUGGAGAUCCCAGGGCCAGGGGACAGCAGACAAUGUGGGGACCUGCAGCAGACAGAAUCGGGCAUCCCUGGUGUUGGAUGCCAAGUGGGUCCCAGUCAGAACGGCACUGGGAAAGUGUUAAAGAAGCCCAUCUCCAGCAGCGCCCCGCAAAAUAUCCCAAGGAGAACGGACGUGAAGAAUCAAGAUAUUAUCAUCUCUCCACAGCAACAGUGCUCCAAGAGCUACAUGGAUCGACAUGUGGAAACGUUGACUCAAUCCAAAGGCUUCCGUCGUAGACACAAUUCCUGGUCAUCCAGUAGCCGUCAUCCGAACCAAGUAACUCCAAAGAAAAGUGGCCUGAAGAAUGGGCAAAUGAAGAGCAAAGAUGAUGAGUGCUUUGGGGAUGACAUUGACGAAAUCCCAGACACAGAUUUUGAUUUUGAAGGGAACCUGGCCCUUUUUGACAAGGCAGCUGUGUUCGAAGAGAUUGAAACUUAUGAGAGGAGGAGCGGCACUCGUUCCCGGGGCACCCCAAACGAGAAACCAGCUCGCUAUCGGCACGAUGAGAACAUCUUGGAAUCGGAGCCCAUCGUCUACAGAAGGAUUGUCGUACCCCAGAACGCUAACAAAGAAUUCUGCACGGACUCUGGGCUGGUCGUUCCAAGCGUGUCUUACGAGCUUCACAAAAAGCUGCUCUCGGUUGCGGAGAAACACGGGCUGACUCUGGAGCGGAGGCUGGAGAUGACGGGAGUGUGUGCGAGUCAGAUGGCCCUGAGCCUCCUCGGGGGACCCAACAGGCUGAACCCGAAGAACGUGCAUCAGCGGCCCACGGUAGCCCUGCUGUGUGGUCCUCACGUGAAGGGGGCCCAGGGGAUCAGCUGCGGCCGGCACCUCUCCAACCACGACGUCCACGUCAUCCUUUUCCUUCCCAACUUCGUCAAGAUGUUGGAAUCCAUCACCAACGAGCUGAACCUUUUCAGCAAGACGCAAGGCCAGCAAGUGUCCAGCGUCAAAGAUCUCCCCGAUACCCCCGUUGACCUAGUGAUCAACUGCCUGGAUUGUCAUGAAAAUGCCUUUUUGAGAGAUCAGCCUUGGUACAAAGCGGUUGUGGACUGGGCCAACCAGAACCGGGCACCCGUCCUCAGCAUAGACCCUCCGAUAAACGAAAUGGAGCAGGGCAUCGACGCCAAGUGGUCGCUGGCCUUGGGCCUGCCCUUGCCCCUGGGCGAGAGGGCAGGGCGCGUGUACCUCUGUGACAUUGGCAUUCCCCAGAAGGUCUUUCAAGAAGUGGGAAUAAAUUACCACUCGCCCUUCGGCUGCAAAUUUGUCAUCCCCCUGCACUCUACUUAGAGCCCAGCCAGCCAGACGGCUCCGAAGGGAGCGAAGAGAGAAGGGAGGAGGUCUGUCAAAUAAGCUGUCCAGUGGAUCCUGACUAGUAAACUCGUGACGCCUUAAGGAUGUGAAGUUCUGGAGAGUUUUCAUUCCAGAAGAAACAUUGUGUAUUUAGAAAAAGAAAAAAAAAAAGAAAAAAAAAGAAAUAAUCGUAAAAUGAAACAAAAAAAGGAGGAAGCGAAUGUUCCUGCAAAGCUGUUUUCAUUCUCUUGUGCCAUUGUAUGAAGGAACACGCAGGAAGAUGCUGUCUGUCCCUGGUGAAGGCGGCCGCUGCUGCUCAGGCCCGGCCAGGAGGCUGUUUAAUGAUGGGGUGUGCGUGAAGGUGGUACGAGGGAUGGGCGGUUUGGAGAUCUGGGACGUGUUUCUUGGUCCUUCUGGGCAGAUAGACCCAGCAAGGGCACCCCGGUGAGAACAGCACCCCUUGAUUAUGUAGAAAAUACCUUCUGUUGCAGUCGUACCAGGAGGGAGGAUUUGGUUUUGUUCCGUUGUUCUUUUUGACUCCCGCCUCCCUUGGUUUUUUUUUUUUUACGUUCCUGAAGGCAGUCGAAGCUCGCUCUCCCUCCUGGACCCUCCAGCCCCUCAAGGAGAGCGUUCCCUCUUUUGGAAAGCUUGUGUCAAGAGCCGGAUGCUCUCGGGUCGCACAUGCUCUGGGAACACCGAUGUCCCCGGCUAGGCCUUACUUGCUUAUAUACUCUGUUGGCUUUUUGUUCGUUCGCUUAGUGGGUAAAGCCCAGGUCUAUGGGAACGAGGCGUGUUUUGGGAAAGAACUUUUCCAGGAUAGUUGCGUUUAUUUUUUUUCUUUCUUUCUGGCAUGGUGAGGGGCUGAAUCAGGGAAAGGAUAGCGAAGCAGGGCAGCGUCACCCUGAGUUUGUUGCGUGGUGUAUGGUGCAGAUGAUGUUUGGGUGAGUUCUCCCAGUGCUUCCAGUAUCGCUCCUACGCUCAGUGUGGUUUGGGAAGUAGGUCAUGGAUCCCGUUCGUUCCCUUCGGGCUCGAAGCCUGUGUAUAUGGCCGGCUCUGUGCGUGUGUCUGUAUGCACCCGUGGGUCGGGAACCAGCUCGAGGAAGGAUUUGGGUUGUGUUUGCCUGCAGGAGAUGGUGUGGUGAGAGCUGCUGCCCUCCUGGGAGGGGUACAGCAAGAGGUUCUUGUCUGAAUUACUGUCGGGGAUCUGCCCUGGGUCGCUCUAACUGCUCUUGUGCUGCGCUGGCUUCCCGUGAACCUGGAGCGAUGCAGGAGGUGCAGUAAGGGCGAGCUGUUCCGUCGGGGGAACCGGGCAGAUGCAAAGUCGGGGCUCUGCUCUCGCAAAGAGGCGCUCGGGGCUCUGCUUGCUCCCUGGGCCGGGAGCGUGGGCAGCACUUGAAGCUCUGCUGCUCCUCUGGUAUCUAAACCUUGCAGCUGGGAGAACUUCAGAGCUUCAAACAGUGCUUUUUUCCCCAGGGGAGCUGGAUCCCUUCUUGAGGCUGAAGCGCAGGGAUGCGUGGAAACGGUCACCUACUGUUUUAGCUGUUGCUGUGCUCUGCUAAGCGGGUCGAGUCCCGCUUAGCAAAUGCAUUGAUCCACUUGUGCUCCAAGGGGUGAGAAUUUGCAGCCUGGCGCUUGUCUCUUCAUCUGCUUAGAACAAAGGCCAAGUGUAUCAAAGGAGGAGGGAAGAGACUUCCCCCGUUGAAAAAAGAAGUAAUUAAUAUUGCCUGGAAGUGGGGAGUAGCACCUAAGGACAAGGGUGCUGGUGAGCGCUGGGCUCGCCCCUGAGGGCUCUCCCCCUGCCAAACCGCCUGCACCUUGCCGAAUCUACCUCAGCAGGACGAAGGGCUCUGCCCCUCUCGGUGUCUAGACCCCUGGUGUUCCCCCGAGCUUCUUUUCCCCGCUGAGGGUUGGACGACUGAACGCCUUUCUUGUUUCUUUGGCUCUUUCAGCCAGGCGGAGGAGCUGCGGCUGGGUUAAAAAAAGGUGGAUGGCCAUCCCCUGGUCGUUGCUGUAGCACAGUGUUAGCUUUAGCCCCCUUCUUUUCACUUUUCCUUGCUCAAGAUGCUCGAUAAAAGAACCUGCUCUUUCAAUUUCUGCUUUUCUCGCCUCUUCUGGGUUUGGCUAUUAAAACUAUAGAUUGUACGCACCGAGCAGUCGCUGUGUAGAAAUAUUCGAGGCUGGAGUUACGUGCCCGGGAGGGUGCUGAACCAGCUCAGGCUGUUUUUUGCGGGGAUGGCAGUGGGGAUCAGGUCUGUACUCGCUGCUGCCUAGCUCCAGGAAGCACUAAGGCCCCGGGGAGCAAUAUGGUUCCCCAUCUUUAAGCAAAAAAAAAAAUAAGAAUAAAGCGAGCAGUGUUGCCCAACAGGAGGGUACACACCCUCCCAUAAGGAAAGGGAUUCCCCAGCCCUAUCUGCGCAGUGUUUAGGGCACAGCAGGCAGCUUUGGGCUGCGUUUGGCACAGUUAAACUGUACAGCGUGCUCGCUUUCUGGAGGUGAGACUAGAUUUGGGGCUGUGGCUGUACUUUGCCUCAGAUGGAAAGGCUUACUUGAAGUACUGGCCUCUCCCCCCACAAAAUGCAUCUUAUGUGCAGGUGUGAGCUCUUCUGGAGCACUUGGGACCCAGAAAAGAGGUCUGGGUUCCUUCUUCCCCUUCCCCAAGUUAAUUCAAAGAAUGGAACACUUUUUUAUUUUUCUUCGUCUGUGUUUGAGCUAGUUUCUACCCACAACCUGAACCACCAUCAUAGGAACUGCCCACGAGUGCUGCUCUGGUCACUAACACGUGAAGAUCACUGCACUUAUGUCACUGCUUGAUACUCCAUUUGUGACCUAAUGUUUGUAACGACUCAUUCCUGCCGCUACCGGGGGAUGUCCUGAAAUAAAGUGCAACUAUUCAUGCGUGCUAUUUGUGUGCAGCCGUU